ACUAGACCAGUUAUGAGAGAGCCGGGGAAGGCGCCACUCCCUACGCUCUCGUCCUUGUGGCACUGCCGUGUGCUGUGACUUCGCGCGGCGGUUUGCGGUGUUUAUCAGUGCUUUUAUGUUCCUAAGGUUUGAUAAAGAAGGAAAUCUAAAGAAAAAGACAAGUGAGCUAUUCACAAUGUGUCAUUUGGCUCUUCGUGAAAAAUAACCAAGUGCGUGUAGUAAGUCGGUAUAAUAAAUAAUAAUAAAGAGAAAAAUUGUGCCAGCCACGUAAGAAAGCUUUUCAGUGAUUACAGCUUUAGUUUCAACGCAGUGCAAGGCAAUGUAGGGCAAUGAGAUAUCACUCAGAAGAAAAAAGUUAACAAUGGUUUGCUAGAAGCGAAGGUGCUCCCCUCCGGGUGGAAGACACUGUUUGCUUAUCGGGUAAAGUAGAUUGUUGGAGGGUCCUCCGGCCGCCCACGCACGGCGUUCUAACUCCUGCACGAGAUGGCUGACUCCGGUCUCAGCUCCACGCCGGAGGCAGGUGGGGAAGGCUCCUCGGACCGCAUUCACUACCUCCACCAGAACAGAAAUGGUCGAGCUGGAUCUCCGAGUGAUGAGUUCCCUCCUCGCUCUCCGAGUCCCCGGUACAGAAGGUAUUCGGACUCGACCCCGACCAGGAGUCCCUCGCCGAUGCCACCGGGCGAGGAUUUCGACGAAGUGGACAGCAAGGGCCCGCGCAAGACGAAGUCGGUGUCGUUCCACUCGCACACCAACUGGAAGAGCGACAGGAAGAUCCAAAGUGCAUACGACUGCCUGGAGUACAUGAUCGAGGGCUCCAGCAUGGUGAAGCUCCGGGCCAACAGCCGCCAGUACCACCGGUACUUCCGCCUCCUGGAGGACCUGUCCGCCAUCCGCUGGACGCCCACCUCGAAGAAGUCCAGCAAGGCGCAGCUGCUCAUCGAGAACAUCAAGGAGAUCCGCACGGGCAAGAACUGCGAGAGCCUGCGCAACAAGGAGUUCCCGAUGACGUACAACGAGGAGCGGAUCUUCAGCAUCCUCUACGGCGACUCCUACGACAGCUUGGACCUCAUCGCCGGCUCGCCCGAGGAGGCCAACAUCUGGGUCACGGGCCUCAACGCCCUCAUCGGGGCGUCCAAGUCGCCCGACGUCAUGGUGGAGAGACAGACGCUGCGAGAGACGUGGCUUCGGGAGAUGUUCCAAAAAGCCUCGAAAAACUCCACGGGCUUUAUUGACCAGAGUACCUGUAUUAAACUAAUCAAGAGGCUCGACUCCCACGUGACUCUGGUGAGGGUCAAGCAGAAGCUGCAGGAAUUCGACAUGGCCAAGACAGACGGCUGUCGAGGACGGAUAGACAGCCAAGAAUUCAUAGAUAUGUUCAAAGAAAUUGCCACUAGACCGGAGAUCUAUUUUCUUCUCAUAAGAUAUGCGAACAAAGACUACCUCACGUUAGAAGAUUUGCAUUUGUUCUUGGAAGGAGAACAAGGGCUGGCGGGCCUCACGUCGGAGAAGGUCCUCGAGUUCAUCGAGAAGUACGAGCCGGCGCCGGAAGCGAGAAAAAACAAGCAGAUGCUGAUUGACGGCUUCACCAAGUACCUGAUGAGCGACGAGUGCGACCUGUUUGACCCCGCCCACCGCCAGGUCUGCCAGGACAUGACUCAGCCUCUGGGACACUACUUCAUCUCCACCAGCCAUAACACUUACCUGCUCGAGGACCAGCUCAAGGGGCCCUCCAGCGUCGACGGCUACAUACGGGUCCUCACGUGUGGCUGCCGCUGUGUCAAAGUGGACGUGUGGGACGGCCAGGACGAGCCGGUCGUCUACCACGGCAACACCCUCACCAGCAAGGUGCCCUUCCGGGACGUGGUCGACGCCAUCGCCAGCUACUCCUUCGACUUCUCCGUGUACCCGGUCAUCGUCCACCUGGAGAACCACUGCAGCAUCAAGCAGCAGCAGAUCAUGGCGUCGCUCCUGAAGACGCUGCUGGGCUCCUACCUGUACAUCCACCCGCGGGACUCGCCGAAGGCCGUCACGGACCUCAGCCCCGAGGAACUCAAGUACAAGGUCAUACUUAAGGGCAAGAAGCUCCCCGACGAGGGCGCGCCGGAGGGCGAGGUGUCGGACGAGGACGAGGGCGGCGAGACCAAGCGCAACAACAACCCGCGCAGGAUCCGCCUCUGCCGCGAGCUGUCCUCCCUCAUCUCCCUCUCCAGGAUCCGCUUCACCGACGUCGCCUCCGCCAGGACCAGACAAAACCACGGGGAGAUGAGCAGCCUGAGCGAGUCCUGCGCCGCCAAGCUGGCCCACACGUGCCCGGAAGAGCUGGUCAACCACAAUAAGACCUUCCUGACGAGAGUCUACCCCAAUUCGUCCCGCGUCGACUCCUCCAACUACAACCCGCAGGACUUCUGGAAUUCGGGUUGCCAGUUAGUGGCGCUCAACUUCCAGACUCCGGGCCAGAUGAUGGACGUCUACGAAGGAAAGUUCCGCGCCAACGGCGGCUGCGGCUACCUCAUCAAGCCCGCCGUCAUGAGGGAGCACAUCUCCGUGUUCUCGGCCAACUCCAGGGAGACCAUUCCGGGCGUCGCGCCGCAGCUCCUCAAGAUCAAGAUCAUCAGCGGCCAGUGUCUGCCGAAGCCCCGAGGCUCCACGGCGACGAAGGCCAGUUUCAUCGACCCUUACGUCGUCAUCCAGGUGUUCGGCAUUCCGGCAGACUGCACAGAGGCCAAGACCCGCACCGUGAGCAACGACAGCAGCUUCCCGGUCUUCGACGAGAGCUUCGAGUUCCUGAUCAACCUCCCCGAACUGGCCAUCGUCCGCUUCGUGGUCCUGGACGACGAGUUCAUCGGGGACGACUUCGUGGGCCAGUGCACCGUGCCCUUCGACUGCAUCCAGACGGGGUACCGCCACGUCCGGCUGCUGUCGAGCAUGGGCGAGCCGAUGGAGAACGCCUCGCUGUUCGUGCACGUGUCCAUCUCCAACCGGAGGGGCGGCGGGAAGCCGCAGCGGGUGAAGGGGCGACGGGCGGACAAGGUUCAGGCGGACAUUAAGCCGGUGGGCGUCAGAGCAGCUGACGACGUCUUCAAGGAGGCGCUGGCCUCGCUCACCGAAGCGGAGUUCGAGGAGAGCAAGGUGGAGCGGGCGUGGACCGACCUGCAGGACGAGUGCGGCCUCGAGCACACGGCCAACAUGAAGCAGUGUCUCAAAGUGACCAUCUCGCGCUACAUGGCCCACCCGGACACCAACCAGCUCAGCAUCCGAGAGGAGAACGGGAUUCCAUUCCUGAGGAGUUCUUGUCCGGGUCCUCUUCCUUCACAUUUGCAUAAAUUAGAAGUCGCCUUAGAAAAGGUGAGGAGAAAAAAGUCGAUAUUUGAGAAAAUAUUUGCACACCCAAGGACUCAAAGGAAGCUCUUCAGUAUCACUCUUGUAGAUUGGAACCUGAACAGACGUUUCAAGGCCGAAGAGUUCUGUGGCUCUACGUUAGAGGAAAUGUACCUUGUAAUGUAG